UUGGAAGGUAAAUAGCUCAUCUCAGCUAGCUUGUGUUCAUUACAGUUGCUUAUCCACCGCUGUCAAUCCAUCCGUUCAUUAACGACAAUUUAAAAAUGUAGGUUAUCAUUAUUUGUUUGCCUUCAACCAUCACUGCUAAUGAUACAUGUAAGGUUUUGAUAGAGCAGUCAAAUGAAUCAGAAGUCAGAAGGUGGACCUGAUCCAUCUCAAAAGAAGCAUGAUGCUGCCAAAAUAGUGAAACACUCUUAAGUGGAGGAUUCUUCAUAGACUUGAAUAUCCAUUAACAUAUUUUAAUGCUUCGCUUCACUUCCAGUUUCUUAGGCUAGUGUUUGACCUCAGUCUCCCAAGUAAACAACGCUCAGUGUUACCCCAUUAAUAAUGCUGUUCUCUCUGCGAGAGCUGGUGCAAUGGCUGGGCUUUGCCACAUUCGAGCUGUUCCUCCACUUGGGCGCGCUGCUGGUCUUCAGCGUACUGGUUGCCCUGCACAUGGACCUUGACAAGCAGACUCUUGAGAUGAGCUGGUGGCUUGUCUUCUCACCCUUAUUCGCUGCUGAUGGCCUCAGCACUUACUUCACAGCCAUUGUAUCCAUCCGCCUCUAUCAAGAAGGAGAGAAGCGGCUUGCAGUGCUGCGCUUGCUGUGGGUGCUGACCGUGCUCAGCCUUAAGCUGGUGUGUGAGGUGCUGCUAUGCCAGAAAUUGGCUGAACAGGAGCAGGCACGUGAUUUGUGGUUCGGGCUUAUUGUUUCCCCGCUUUUCAUCCUUCUGCAGCUGCUCAUGAUUCGUGCUUGUCGUGUCAAUUAAAGGACAAAUGGUCUGCACACAUGCCAAUGGACUUAUGUGAAUGAAAUGGACUCCUGCAGGUGUCAUUCAAACCAGGAGGAAUGAAUUGUUGUGAACUGCAAAAUCAUUGUGACCUUUUUUUUUCUUUCUUUCUUUUUUUUUUUUUUUUUUUUUUUUUAUGUAUUCAACUGAAUUUCUGGCUUCAGCAUGUAAACAUGGCAUUUUAAACAAUGCUUAAAGUAAUGUGCAAUUUUUGAUUAUUAUUAUUGUCCUUAAGUGCUAUGAGAGAUUUGGUCUGGAUUUUCUCUGAAUACUGUAAAUGUUGCUUUAUCUGUGUUAUUACCUUUUAUUGUUGUUUGUACAAUUGUAAAUAAACCAUCAACAUUCAAACAUU